GUCGCCGCUUUGGCAUUAUUAUCCGUCAUUCUUUACCGGCUUUAUUUUCAUCCUCUCAAACACAUUCCUGGCCCGCUGUUAGCAAGGACAUCUUCAAUUUUCCUCUAUGUGAUCAGCUACCUGGGCCUCGAAGCCCGUGUCCUUCGCCAUUAUCACAAAGUUUAUGAUACAAAAGUGCUACGAGUAGCACCAAACUCAGUUUCUGUAUCUGAUGGCGCUUCUAUUCACACUAUUUAUGUGGCUGGGGGUGGGUUUGCGAAGGAUGCCAGAUACGCCAACUUCAACAUGGGACCUGUAACUACCAUUUUUUCGAGCCUGGACACCGAUUAUCGUGACUUGCGCGCCAAGGCUGUUGCGCCCCUUUUCUCAACAGCUCGUCUUCGCACUGCUUCUUUACAUGGAGGUGUUAUCCAUGAAUGUGUCUCAGAGUUUGUCACCCAGCUCGCUAGUCUCAAAGCCGACUGCAAGACGAACCAUGCCAAGUUGGAUAUCCUAGACCAGUGCGCCCGUCUCUCUCUGGACGUUGUGACUGGCUAUCUGCUGAACGAGCCGUACGGUGGUCUGGCCGAGCACCAGCAACUUCCCAUGGAGAAGCGGCGGGAUGCCAAGCUCAGCAUAAACCCAUUCAUAUUCGCCAUUGUGGGGUUUUCGCGCUUCUCGUUGCUUCCAAACUGGCUUUUCAAAUUCAUGUACUCUCUCUACAGCCGCUUUAGCUUCAGCGAGGAAGUGGGCAGAUGUUUUGCCAGCAUGGACUCGUUUGCGCGUCGUCUAGUCAGCCAGACUCUUGAAGUCGAUCCCGCCAAAAGGCAAGACUCGUACCAAACUCGACUUUUGGCAGCGGGAAUUACACCUUCGGAGACCGAAGUUCAGUGCCAGGCCGUCGUAUUCGCCGGUUCUGACUCCACAGCCGUUAAGUUGGCCACAAUUCUGUUUCAUUUGGUGCAGAAUCAGGACUGCCUGCGCCGACUGAAGGAAGAACUGCAGGCGGCAGAGACUGAAGACGAAGGCUUAGCCCUGCAAGAACAGCCAUACCUACUUGCUGUCAUCAAGGAAGGCUUGCGAGUGGGUAUGGCUAAUCCAACUCGCAUGACACGAGUUGUUCCCGCCAAGGGCAUGUUAGUCGGAGAUGUCUACAUCCCACCAGGUACUAUUGUUGGAGUUGCGCCGUAUAUUGUGCACCAUGAUCCAGCUGUAUUUCCAGAUCCAUUUGCAUUCAGGCCUGAGAGAUGGCUCGAGGGUGGUAGGGACAAUGGGUUGAAGAGACCCAAUAUGGACAGGAGCUUACUGAUGUUUGGAGCUGGUUUGCGAGCAUGUAUAGGAAGAAACCUGGCGCAGAAACAGUUGACGGAGACGAUUAAGGCCGUUGUGAAAAGUAGU